AAUUUGGCGCUCCUGUAUGUUCUUGUAAAUAGUUUCCUUAUAGCGGAAUUAGCAAGGCUUUCUAUUACACUAUCUCCCGCUUACUGGCGAACUUCGCCAUUCUUCACCUCUUCUUUCCCCUUGCUCGCCCAACAGUAAAUCUCCCCGCUGCAGGAUAAACGCAAGCAAAAGUGCAGCGUUGAGAACUUGGGCUUUCCUGCAGCUGAAGAAAAAAAAGUAGUACAGAGAGACCAUAACUUUUUUUUUAGAAGCUAUCAAUUGUUGGUUUGCCGUUCUACUGAAUCCAGCUCUUCUCCAUCUAACUGUCUAAAUAUAACCAAAAAAACAAUGGCACGGGCCAUGGAGCAAGAUUUCAGUAAUUUGGUGGAUGACACUAUUGCAAAAUGUAGCGAAAUAGCAGACAAGGGCAAUUUGGCACAGGCUAUCGAAGGUCUGUUGGCCUUAGAAAAGCAAACUCGGACGGCUGGAGAUGCUUCAUCGACUGGGAGAAUUUUGGUGUGCAUAAUCGAUCUGUGCUAUAAGGCGAAGGAUUACAAAUCUCUGAAUGAGCAUGUACUGCUUCUCAAUAAGCGUCGCUCUCAGUUGAAAGGGGCAAUCAAGGAUAUGGUGAAGCGUUGCAUGCACUAUCUGGGUAGUCUGCCUUACGAUAAAGAAAUGGAGCUGAUAGAUGCUUUGAUUUCAGUCACAGAGGGAAAGAUAUUUGUGGAGAAGCAGCGCGCGCGUCUGAUGCUUCAUUUGUCUAAGAUUCGAGAAAAGGAGGGCAACAUCGCGACGGCGGCGAGCAUAUUGCAAGAAGUCCAAGUCGAAACGUUUGGUUCAAUGAAAAAAAAGGAAAAGACAGAAUACAUAUUAGAACAGAUGAGAUUAAGUCUGCUAAAGAAAGAUUACAUUCACGCGCAAAUCAUAUCCAAAAAAAUCAAUCUUAAAAAUUUGAAUGAUCCUGAUUUUCAACAAAUCAAAGUUCGCUAUCAUAUGUUAAUGAUCGACUAUUAUAAUCACGAAAAACAUUACUUGAAUAUUUUCCGCUCUUAUCAGGCCAUUUAUGAUACACCUAUGAUUCAAGAGGAUGAUGCUAAGUGGAAGCUUUACUUGAGUCUGUCCGUCGUGUACCUUGUCCUUGCUCCUUAUGACAACGAACAGUUUGAUCUCCUCAACAGGACGGCUCUUGACAAGCGCCUUGAGUUUCUACCUCUUUAUUUAAAUGUUAUAAAAAGUUUUUUGAAGCCGGAACUUCUCGGCUGGAAACAGUUUUAUAGCCAAGUUGCAUCAGAAUUCGAAUGUCUACCUGCUUUCCGAACAUCAACAAACAGCGAAAGUCGGAAAAACAAGGAAAUCUGGGAAGAUCUGCACAAUCGAGUAACUGAGCACAACAUUCGCGUCAUCGCAAAAUACUACAGCUUGAUCUCGAUGAAGCGACUGGCUCAACUUCUGGAUUUAGAAUAUGACUCAUGCAACAAAUAUGUCUGUGAUUUGGUCCUCAAAAAGAGCGUCUUCGCUCGUAUAGACAGAAUAAAUGGUACAGUUAACUUCGUCAGAAGGCAAGAAGCAUCAGAAACGCUGAACGAUUGGGCUGGAGAUAUUACCUCACUCCUCGCUCUAGUCGACAAAACUUGUCAUCUUAUAUAUAGAGAGAACAUGAUGCAUGCAAAUGAGACAAAUGCUAAAAAAAAUACUGAAAUGAGUGGUGUUGUCGAAUCAAAAUAAAAAUAUGUAUAUACUUUUUUAUGCAUAGAUUUUUGACCGUACAAUUCCGUCAGUCGUACAUAGAACACGUCAUCUGUAACACUCUUCCCUUGGAUUUCCGUAUUGUCUUCAAUUGAGCAGCUCCUCACGCAUGAGGACCGUAAAAAUAUAUUCUUUGUCCAUGGAUACUACGCCAGGACAAUGCACCGUCGUACUCUCCGCCGAAUGCUUGAAGUUGAGCCGAUUUAAACACAAAAAAAAACUGCAUAAAAUUCAAAUAGCUGUUGAAAUCGAUUUGUAAAACUAUGAUAAAAAUUCCCGAUUCUAUUUGUCC